AUGGCACCACCGAAUACUCGACCGCCAUCCCGGCCGCCCAUCACCAGUCGAAUCCGGUCUUCCUUCGAGAAACGACGGAAAUCGAACGAAGUGCAAAGCCCGACAUACACGAAUGGCAACAGCAACCCCUUCAUCACGCAAGAUCCCGAAUCCUUUCGAAAAGCUAUCGACGAAGCUAUCAACAGCGAGACCUUCCAGGAUGCCAUCGCCGCCAACCUUGCGAAGCUGAUCAAGCCUUCGAUCAAAACUGCUCUGGAUACCAUACAGCCGGUAGUGGAGGCGGUCUACAACCAUGAGGUGCUGUUGAACAAGGCGAAUCGCAGCGUGGAGAAUAUAUUGGAUCGGCUGGAGUCGAACACGGAGGCAUAUGCGCAUCAGCGCGAUUCUGUGACGGCUCCCCCAGCAGAGCCCGCCCCGCCAGUGAUCCAGGAGAGAGCAGUUGGCACCUCGACGCCAUCUCCAGACUUUGCACAGUUCAAGCAAUUGCUAGGCGAAAUCAAUGCCCGGACAUCUGCAUCCCUCACUGGGCUCUCGAGCUCCGUCGAAGCUAGCAAUGGCAAGAUCGCGGAAGCGCUGCACGGCAUCAGCAAUAUACAAGCUACACUGGGACCUACGAAGGAGAAUAUUGAUGCACUGAAAGUCUUUUCCGAGCAAUCGACUACGACGGCGUCAGUGAUGCAAGCUCAAUUGGAUCAGCUGAAAGCAGACGUCGGCCAGAUCAUGGAUGCCAUUGGAACCAACCUUGGGAAGAAUGUGCAAGCACUACACGAGAAAGCUGCAGGCCAGGAUACCUCGUUAUUAUCCUCGCAUACCACCAAAUUGGAUGCCAUUGCAACGGAUCUUGGAGCUCUGAAGGGCCACUCAGAUACCAUGGGAAAGAUCGAAGCGAUCUCCGCCGAGCUCACAGGGUUGAAAGGAAGUGUUGACGCUGGCAUUUCUUCGAAUACAGCUUGCUUUACCAGCCUUGGCUCACAGAUCACCAAUGUUCUGAACACAAUGGAAGGCCACACUAGCACCCUCGGAGAAAUCAAAGACAGGGGAGCCCAUCCCGAUAUUUUGGCCGCCUUGCAACAAUCCAACGAUUCGCAUGCCGCGCAUGCUACGGCUCUGGGCGAGAUGAAAGAGAGGUCACUUGCCGCAGCUCCUGCAGCUGCUCCAGUUUCUGAGGGAAGCUCGGAUACCACCGCGGUAUUGCAAGAUCUGAAAGCAGAUCUCGCCUCUUUGAAAGAGAAUAUUGCUGCUGGACUUGCCGCCAACAAUGAAAACGCCACCGGUUUGGGCGCAAAGAUUGACACAGUUCUCACAACUGUCGAAGCACACAAGGCUGCAGAUGCAAGUCCCGAGAUUUUGGCAGCUGUACAGCAAUCAAACGAAUCCCAUGCUUCUCAUGCCACUGCUUUGGAUGGAAUCAAGUCUCUUGCCGCUGGGCCGGCCCCACCCGCCGAGACUGGAAACCUUGCGGCAUUGGAAGCUCAGGUGGGCUCCAUUGUUGGUGUGCUUGACGUACACACUGCAGCUUUGGAUGAGAUCAAGACUGCAAGCAGCGCCCAUGCCACGGCCUUGGAGGCACACACUGCGGCUUUGGAUGAGAUCAAGACUGCAAGCAGCUCCCAUGCCACGGCCUUGGAGGCACACGCUGCGGCUUUGGGUGAGAUCAAGACUGCAGGCACCGACACUGCUGUCGUACCAACAAGCAACUCGGAUGCUCUCGAGGGCCAUUUAAGCACUAUCAUUGAGACACUUGAUGCACACACCAAUCUGCUUAAUGAGAUCAAGGACGACGUUGGCGCGGAGAUCCUCACCACACUGCACGGACUGGGUCAAUCGCAAACACAACAUGGUGACAUGCUUGCUGAGAUCAGAGAAGCCGAUGUCAGUGAUGAGAUCUUGACAUUACUUCAUGCCCAUGGCGAGUCACAUACCGGUCAUGGAGCAACUUUGGGCCAGAUUCAUGAAAGUGUCCAGACCUUGAAUGCAUCGCACGCUGCUCAUGGUGCAGCACUUGAAGAGAUCAAGUCAAGAUCUGCACAUUCCUCUCAUAUUGCUACUCUGGCAGAUAUCAAGGAAGCAACGACAGCUUCGAAUGAGGCACAUACUUCUCACGCCGCUGCAUUAGACGAAUUGAAGACUGCACAAUCCGCCAGCGCUGCCAUUGCUUCACGCUCGGAGAGUCCAGAUAUCGCAGGACUGGAAACGCAACUCAACAACAUCAUCAUCACCCUCGAACGCCAGACUGCCACUUUGUCAUCGCUCAAGGACUCCGCUUUAGACAAUUCUAUUUCUGAGGCAGUUCUGGGAUCGCACGACCUGCUCAUUUCGCACACCACGCUACUCAACGCCAUCAAAGAUAACUCAUCCCACGAAGAUAUUGUGUCCAAUAUCUCGGAUCUCAAGGCCCUUGUAGCAGAGUCGAAAUCUGGUAUUGAUGAGCACUCGACUCUAGUCCGGGACCUCCACUCCGAUACCAAAGAGGCUCAUUCGAAUCUCACAUCAGCCAUUGCAGGUCUCGCUCUUGGUGGAGCAGCAGGCGCAGGAGCCGGUGCGCUGAUGUCCCACGAAUCCGACAACUCCUCUACCGAAAUCCUCACCGAAGUGAAGUCCGUGAAAGAAAAGGUCGAUUUCGUAGUAAGCCAACUUGAGAUCAACCACACCACUGUCACAACAAGAAUCACAACCCUAAGCGACGAGCUGAAAGCCGAGAUUGACGCAACAGGCACCCAGAUUACGGAAUCCAUCACAAAGAUGGACACCGACCUCAAGUCUUUCGAAAUUGAUCUCAAGCCCAUCACUUCCGCUGUCGAGCACACUGGCUUAGUUGUCAAGGACCUCUCGUCCCAAAUCGGCAAUCUCGAAAGCCAUAUCUCAGACAACACUUCCAAAGUCAAUGAGAUACACCAAGGCGUGCAUCUCAACGACACGGGUAUCUCUCAACUGCAAGAGCAUGCGGGAACGAGAGAGGUUGUCAGCCAAGCUGUGCCAGAGGGGAUGUGGUUUGGAAGCGGCAGCCCGAGUGCCAAGCGGCUGUCGAAUCCAUUUGAGCACUCUAGUGUCCCGGUUGAGGAACCGGAGGCGGAGGAACCGGAGGUGGAGGAAGAGCAGAAGGAACAUGGGCAGGCAUUGGAGGCGAUUCCAGAGGUGGAUACGCCGCUUGAGGAGAGUCCUAGUGCUCCUGUCGAACCCGAGAUCCCACAUCAGGAUGCUGAAGAAGAGAGUACUCCUGUUGAACCCGAGAUCUCGCAUCAAGAUGUGGAGGUAGAGAGUACUCCUAUUGAGCCUGAGGCCUCGGACCAGGACACCAAAGAAGAGUGUACUCCUGUCGAACCCGAGGCCUCGCAUCAGGAUAUGGAGGUGGAGGGUAUUCCUAUUGAGCCCGAGGUCUCACAUCAUGACGUUGAAGAAGAGAGUACUCCUGUCGAACCUGAAGUCCCACGUCAGGACACCGAAGAAGAGAGUGCCCCUGUUGAACCUGAGAUCCCACAUCAGGACGCCGAAGAAGAGAGUGCUCCUGUCGAACCCAAGGUUUCACAUCAGGACAUCGAAGAAGAGAGUGCUCCUCCUGAAAUAGUCGAGGAACCUGCAAAAGCAAGUCCAGAUCCCGAAAUUUCCCACGAUAUACCAGAACCAGAGCCAGCUUCAGAGCCUCAUGAAAAGGGAGCCGAACCGGAACUAGCUCCAGAGCACGACCCUGAUCACCAAAUUCCCGAAUCAACCGCUCUCGAAGAACACCACACAGCUCCCGAGCCCGACCACCUCCACGAGGCAGCCGAUCUCGACGAGUCCUCAUUCAGCCAGUCCGCCCCUCACCACCCUCUACCAGCCGAAGAGCCCGAACUCCCUCUCACCACCUCCCACGACCAGGAACCCACCGAGCAUGACCAUGCUGAUCCAGAGCCCACUCCCCCCACUUCACCUCUCGAAAACGAGCCUGUCCCCGUCCUCUCUCCUUCCACACAAACGAACCCCUUCUCUGAUCCCGAGGAAGAGGAUUUAGAGAGUGCGUCGGCAUCAGCGUCUACGAGCGCGAUUGCAAGCCCGAUGUCCGGCUCGUUUACGGAGCAUGCAGAAGGAGGUGGUGCAUCGAAGGGCGGGAAGAAGAAGAAGAAGAAGAAGAAGGGGAAGAAGGAUAAGAAGAAGGGGGAGGAGAAGGUGCCGUUGGUGAUGGAUGGGCAGGACCCUGUAGAGGGUGCAGAGUAG